AUGUCGGCUGCCGUCGCGCGCGCGCGCCUGCCUGGCGAGUCGCGCAGACGCGACGACGGGGGCGCGGCCGCUGCGAGCGCCGCGGUGACGUCCUUUGAGGGCGAGUCCGACCCCAGCCGCCGUUUGGCGGGCGAAGCCUUGGCGCGAGUCGGGGAGGCGCGCGGAGGCUUUCGCGGCGACGGCGACGGCCUGCGCCGCGUGGGAGAUCGCGUCGGCCGCUGCGGGGAGGAGGCGACCAUCAAGGAGCCGCUCUCGUACUGGAGCGGGCCGCUCAACCUGUCGGCCGCCCGGCGCGGCCAGCUCUUUGCGGGCAGGCGUGGCGGCCGCAGGAUGCGCGGCGGCCGCCGGCUCGAAGCGGACGGCGACGCGACGGUCGGGCGGCAGCUGGCGGCGCCGGGCAAAUGCGCGCGCGGGAGCCCCGACUGGAAGCCGGUCGGCUUUGUGCAUGUCAACAAGGCGGGCGGCACGGCGAUGAUUGCCAUCCUCGGCAAGCACAGCCGGCCGCAGAUGCUGCAGUUCACGUCGCCGCAGGCGCUGGCGAAGCUGCGCUCGAUCCGGUCGCGCUUCUUCCACGCCUCUGCCGCGCUCCAGCAGUGGGCCGUCGGCGAGGCGGCCUGGCGCGACGCGUACCGCUUUGCGCUCGUUCGCAACCCGUGGGCGAGGCAGGUGUCGAUGUUCCACUUCCUGCUCGAGACGGCGUCGUGCGCGAAGCCGUGCGGGCAGCGCGCGGCGCACUGCGACAAGCGGCUCCUGCCGCAGGCGGGCCCCUGGCUCGCGAGCGUCGACCUCGCCACGCCGCGCUUCCGCGCGUGGAUCCGCGACAUGGCUGCCGCCUUCCCACCCGGCCACCCGCAGCAGCACCUCUUCGGCGCGCGCUUCCACGGGAACGAGCGCGACGCGUGGUACAACGCGUCCCAGAUCUCGUGGAUGGUCGACGGCCGCGGCGCCGUCCUCGUCGACGACAUCUUCAAGCUCGAGGAGCUGCAGCAGCACUGGCCGACGCUGCAGCGGCGCGUCUGCUCGCUGCGCGGCGUGCCGUAUGCCGACGGCGGGCUGAGGAAGAACCCGUCGACGCACGCGCACUACUCGCGCUACUACGACGACCAGACGCGCCGGAUCGUCGCGCAGUACAUGCAGGCCGACAUCGACCGCUUUGGGUACACCUUUGAGCAGCAGCAGGGCGGCGGCUGA